AUGGUAGCUUUGAAAAAGUGCGUAGCAAUAUAUCCACCUAUGCUUGAUCUGUUUUUCAACGUGAACGCAGACUUUUUGGAAGCGAACGAAAUAGAGCCCAACGCCAUUGUCGGGUAUUCCACCGAAAAACACCAAAAGCUGCAUGAAGGCAUGAUGGCCCUCCUGGAAAACGGCGAGAAACCCAUAGUGUUUCGGGCAGGGGGCGCAACCUUCAACACCCAGAAGGUCCUUUCCCAGUGGAUGGACUGCUACUUCUUUGGAAUUGUUGGGUCCGACAGGUACGGCGAGAUCAUAGAGCAGAAGAUGCAGGGCACUGCCGUGAACAUAUGCCUGGACAAAAGAGAGCGGUUCUCGACUGCGUGGGCGUACGUCUUCAUCUGCGGCGACAAAAGAGCAAACCUUGCGUACCAGGACAAAAGCGUGUGCUACUCCAGCGGCGCAAAGGAAAAAAUCUGCUCGCUGAUAUCAAAAGACACCGUGUUCUACUUUGUCUCUUUCAUGUUUUUCCUGGACAACGUGGUCAGCGACUGCAUAGAGCUGUACAAGAAAAAGAACGAGAUCGGGUUCUGCAGCGUGGUGAACCUCUCCUCGGAGGAAAUCGCCCGCAUGUUCAGGCCCAGGAUACUGGAGAUCAUAAAAAUGUCGGACUUCAUAAUCGGGAACAAGGAAGAGUACUUUGCGCUGUCGGGCUGCACAGACAUAGACUCCCUCCUCGCAUGGCUUGACACUCUUGGCGUGGCGUAUGCAAUCACCGACGGGCCCGGCGAGGUGCUUGGGAAGGCCCCGGGCGGGCCUCUGCGGAAAACCCUGCCCUUCAACGUGCCUGCAGACUCGGUCACAAACGGCGCCGGCGACUCUUUUGCUGCCGGGUUUAUAGGGGGGCUGGAGGGCUGCACAAACCCCGCAGGCAUCACAGACAUACUGCCCUUGCUGGAGAAGGGGGCCUCCGCGUCAUACAGCCACAUAAAGAGCCUGAAGAAAGGACUUGCCUCCUAG